AUGGAAACUCUCAUCUUAGCUGAAGAACAUUAUUACGAGAAGAAACCUCCUUCCAAAACUUUCAGGCAAAUCAACUGCAGAACGUUUCACUCCGGAGUUGGUUUGCUUCCAAGGCCACCACCACCAAAGAGAACAACCUCUUCAUCAACAACCAAAGGAGUUCACUUUCACUCUCCUCGUUCUCCCAAGUCAGUUUUGCCGUCUCUUAGAACCAGUCCCAUCCCUAUUGGUGGCGAAAGGAGAAGCCUUUCUUACUCUGAGCUGUGGGCAGGACCCACUUACUCCAACUCACCGCCACCCACUUCUGUUCCCAUCCCCAAGUUCUCUCUCCGGGGAAAGAGGACGGCCUCUCUGACCUUCCCUGAUGUUGAUCUUCCUGAAGUUGCCAAGUCUGCUCCGGUCUCUCCAACCUCGUCUGGUGAUGAUAACCCUUUUAACAGUACUGUCUCCGCCACUAUGACGCUGCGUCGCAUGCUCAAUAUUGAGUUUGCAGAUGCGUGAAGUCUUUAGGGGGAACAGGGGGUUUAGUUUUGUGGAUAUAUGAAUAAGGUGUUUUAGGCACCAAGCUGGUUUGAGUUUGUUUAAUAGCUUUUCAUGGAACACAGAAGCAGUUAGUGGUUCUCCUAUGCAGAUUUGAGGUGUUACUAAUGGUGGAGCAGGUGGUUGGUUAUAGAGAAGACUUGAUUCUUGGUUUAGAAUAUAGGAUGGCUAAAAAGUUUACCAGUCUCUAACAUAUGGUGGUGGUGCACCUUUGUAUAGUUUCUCUUUAGAGUCAGCCUUUGUCCCUUUGGCUUCUUUUCUUAAGUGGGUUAGAUUAGCUACUAGGUUCCUCUUCUUAUAUAUCUCUCCCUCCUUGUCCAUACCCCUUUGUCUACUCUCAUGCCUUUGAGUCUUAUCUUUCUUCCUCUCUUUUGCGUUUCUGUCUAGCCUUGAAGAUGUAAACCUUACUACUUCUGUUUACUGGUCUUCCUCUUCAGCUCUUUUCCUGAUUUUUUUUGUAAAGGAAGAAGGGAAUAGGAAGUUCUUUCUUGUGACUAGUCUUAGAGUGUCUCUACUGGUAAAGAUUCAAUCCUGAUGUAAGCUGAUACUUCUUCUGAAGAAAAGAUAGUCCUCAGGCUCUUCUUGAUCCCGCCUAAUCUGCUCACCAUGGACCUAUAGAAGCUGCUACUCCGCUCUGCUUUAGAUGCUUCAUCGUAGUUUCUUUGUCUCUCUACUAUCUUUGGUUAUGUUGCUAUGUUACGCAGUGGCAAGUAUUGUCUCUGUGUAUGUAUGUUUCUCGUCGUCUUUGUCUGUAGUUUGUGACAGUGUUGUUCACGUUUUACUAUCUUGUUUUGGGUUUUCAAUGUUGAAGGAGAUGUAUCCCUUGUUCCCUACAAUUAUUAGUAUCAUUCUGUAUGGUUUUGUUUAUCGUU